AUGUCUGCACACAUAGGAGGGUGUCAGUCGCAGCUAGUUCACCUGCCUUCCCUCCCUUCUCGUCGUUUCCUCCCAUCCCUUUCAUCUUUCUCCCAUCCCUUUCAUCUUCCUUCCAUCCCUUUCAUCUUCCUCCCAUCCAUCGUCCCUUCCCGUACCUCCCAUCCCCUCCAUCCCUCCCAUUUCUCCCCCCCAUCCUGUCAGCUGCUUCUCCCCGACGGUCGUCGCUUUGCCACAGAGUCAACCGCACUGCAUCCCUCUGCAGACCUCGCAGUGCUCAAGGUGACUCAUAGGCUGUUUACCAGAGGGCCUACUGUAUCAGCAGUCUUGGUUUCCGGCCUGCAAGGGAUUGACGAGCCGGCUGUAUCAGCAGCGAAUGGAGCAUUGACUGUGGCAGGAGAGGAGCGGGGAGCUGUAGCGGUAACGAUUGGGGACGACAAGACUGCAGCAGACAGGGUUGGGUCAACUGGAGGAACGAUUCCUGUGGACUGUUGCAGGGGAGUGGGUUCAAGAGAAGCGGAUGGGAGUCCUGCCGUAGCAGGCAUAUUUGGGGAAGUGAGAGCAGAGGUGCAAGAGACAGGAGGGGAGGGAGGAGUUCAGAGGGAUGGAGGGGAAAGAGCAGGUGAGAGGGAUGGAAGAGAGGGAGGAGAGGGCAGCAGAGAAGACAAGGAGUGGCUCCCCUGUGCGCCCAUUGGUGAUAGUGAUGACGUGGAGCUUGCUGAUUGGGUGAUCUCGGUGGGCAAUCCUGUGGGGCUGCCUGGCAGCAUCAGCCUGGGCGUGAUCAGCAGCCUGCACCGCACUGCUGCUCAGGUGAGGAAGGGGGUUGAUGGGGGGAAGGUGGGGGUUGAUGGGGGAGUGGGGGAGUGGCAGAGAGCAGAUCUACAUGGGUUUACGGUGAGUGUGAUGGUGGGGAAUUUUCCUCAUUCCACUCACUCCUUCCCCCCAUUCUCUCCCACCCCCUGGUGUUUCCUCUCCCCCUCUCCCCCUCUUCCCUUUCCUCUCCUCUCCCUCCAGGUGGGAGUGCCGCACUCCUCACUCCACUUCUUCCAAACAGAUUGUGCCAUCAACCCGGGCAGUUCAGGCAGUCCCCUCGUGAACGAGUUCGGAGAGCUGGUUCCCCUGUAUGCCACAUGCUGCUCGCUUGCCACAUCCUAUCAAUCUGGAGAGCUCAGGCAGUCCUCUCGUGAACGAGUUUGGAGAGGUGGGUUGGUGCUCCUCUCUCAAUCCUCUGCUGAUGUGGGUGGUGCGGUGUAA